AUGGAGCUCCCCGGGCUGGCCCUGCCUCCACGGCCCGCCGUGGCCGGGCCGGCGCCGCGGCCGCGGGUUCCGGCGCCGCGGGCGCCGUUUCCGGCGCCGCUUCCGGCGGCGGCGCUGGCGGUGACGUGCGCGGUGAAACGAGCGGCGCUGGGAAAGGCAGUUGCUGUCUGGCCUCACCCGGCGGAAGGCGAAGUGGAGCAGCUCCUUGACGUUUCAUGCGCGCAAUGGGUUCCCAGCAUCGAUGGCCGGGGCCUGCAGGAGCCACUUGGCCCAUUGGAUGCAGGGCUAGAUCGCACCCAGCCCUUGCGCUUGCGUGGUUUGACGGACGCCUGGCCCCUGCGGCGCCUGAGCUACGAGGCCUUCGUGGCGGCGGAAGGGGCGACGUUUCGCGUGCGCCGCGCAGCGGCGCUGCACGAGUACGGCUAUGCUGGGCCAUCCUGUGGCCAGGUUUGGCGGGGAGAGGCGGUGUGCUCCGGAGUGCACAGGGGAGAGGGGCUCGCAGGCACCGUGAUCUUUGAGAACGACUUCGUGGGCCGCGUGCCCAUUUUGGGUCGUCAAUUUUCAGUGCCUGAAGUGCUGAAGGAUGUUCAUGGCAAGCCAUUGUUCAGCGCGGGGCGAAAGAACACAGGGAUCGGCAUGCAUCGGCACAAGGAGAAUUGGCUGGCACAGGUGUGGGGCCGAAAAGCUUGGUUCCUGCUGCCACCAGAUGCUGCCCAGCCAGCCUCCAGGGCCCCAUGGCAGUUGCUGAAAGAUCCACCAGAGGAGCUGUUUUUGUGUGUCGUGGAGCCGGGCGAGGUUCUCUUUGUGCCGGAGGGCUGGUGGCAUUCCACCUGGAAUUUGGAGGAUCAGAUCGCAGUUGGAUGGGAGGCGGCAGACGAGGAGUUGUUCGGCGCGGAGCUAGCAGCCAUUGUGGAUGGCGACCUGUCGAGGCUCCAGUCGCUGGCGACAGAAGCAGCUCCGAGUGGGCUGCUGCCCAUGUUGGAGGCAGCUGCAAGAAGCGGAGAGCUGGAGAUCUUGCGCUGGUUGUGUGAGACCUUUCAAGGCCCAAGCCCCAAAGAAGCGCCAUCUGUGGCCAUUGCUGCAGCGCGCACGGGCCAAGUGGAGAUCCUGAGAUUUCUGUGGACGCUUCAUGGUCGCGACACCAUGCUGUUGCAUCGCAUGUGGUGGCUGCCAGGAUUUUUGCCCAUGGGCACCACCGCAUGUCACGAAGCCGCCAGUUGUGGGCACUGGGAGGUGGUGCAAUGGCUCUUGGAUCAGCAGGCAGAUCCUUCGGCCCUGGACAGCCGAAGGUGCAGUCCAGUGCACCUGGCGGCCAUUCACGGCCAUGUUGAGGUCCUUCAAACGCUCGCAACGGUGACUGAUCUGGAUCAUCGGCAUGUGAACAGCAGCAGCGCCCUACACCAAGCAGCCUUUGGAGGUCACCUGGCAGCUGUGGAGCUGUUGGCAGCUGGAGAUGCCGCUGUUGAUGCCCUGGGUCAGACCGCCCUGCACUAUGCGGCUUUGAGAGGCCACCGUGAGGUCAUGGCGCUGCUACUACGGCGCGGUGCAGCGAUCAAUGCUCGAGACCAACAGGGGAGAAGUCCAUUGCACGCCUGUGCCCAAGGGCUGGGUGACAGUGACGCCGUUUCCUCGGUGUUGGUUCCUUUGGCGGCGACCCCACCCACAUUGAGGGAUCAAAACUUGAAAGCUGGGGCCCUGCUGUUGGAUUUGAAGGCGGACGUGGAAGCAGAAGACCACGAUGGUAAAACUGCUUAUGAUCUGGCCUGCCGUGCGCAGCACCGGAAAGUGGCAGCGUUGCUGAGGAAAAAGGCACUAGGUGACCACCUGAAGACUUCAAGACACGUUCAGUAUCUUGUUGGGGAUGAGGGGCUUAAGAUUAGAUACGUUAUUUGUCAUUUUGUCAGGUUUGCUUCGUGGCAGAACAACCGGUGA